AUGAAUUCAAUAUUUGAAUUAAUGGAUUCAAAUUCUUGUGGUACCGAUCAUUUUUGGGCUCCUUAUAUUUCUUCUAACGAGCCCACUUUUUUUGAAGGUAGCCUCUUUGACCUUAAAUCCGGAUUAUUUCAGGAAAAAUUUUAUACUGUUAUAGGAAAAUCUCUUGUAAGGUGAACCAGCUCAAAGCAAAAGGCAAAAAUGGCUAAGCUAGAAUGGAAGCCCUUAAACCCUUUCAUUGACGAAAACCAAGAUGAAAAACUGUAUGGUUUUUCCCUUGGGCAUAAAAACUCAUCGAAAGAUUUUUAUGUAAAAUCUAGCAGUGAGCUAGACAAAUGGGUUGACUGCUUAUCUAGUAUUUGCAUUAUGUCUGAUAUUGAAGACGACUAUCAGAUCAGCCAGCAAAUUGGCAGUGGGAAUUCUUCAGUUGUCCAUUUAGGUGUAAGGAUUCAAGACUCUAAAAAAUUUGCGAUUAAAAAAGUCAGUAAAAAGAAAAUCCAAAAGAGCAAAAUUAACUUAGAAAAUUUGAUAAAUGAAAUUAAGAUAAUGAGAAAGCUGAAUCAUCCAAAUAUCAUUAAGCUUCAUAGAGUCUAUGAGAGCCCACAUAACAUUUACCUAGUUUUAGACUACGUAAAAGGUGGAGAUUUGUAUUCAAGAAUUCUUGAAAAAGGAUCGUUACCUGAGUCCACAGUUAUCAAAUUUUCCAAGAAGUUAUUAAAAGUCCUUAGUUAUACCCAAUCAUGCGGCGUUGUGCAUAGAGAUAUCAAGCCAGAAAACAUUCUUAUGAUAUCUAAAAACAAUGAUUAUAAUUUUAAGCUAGCUGAUUUUGGCCUAGCUGCCGAAGUCACUAAUGAAAAUUUGACCUUAAGAUGUGGAUCCCCUGGAUAUAUAGCCCCAGAAAUUUUAAGAAAAUGCUCAUAUGGGGUAGAAGCCGAUGUAUUUUCAGCUGGCAUUAUACUUUAUGUAUUACUGUCUGGGCAUAUGCCAUUUUUCAGCAAAUCCGCUGAAGGAGUGCUUUUAAGGAAUAGGGACUGUUUGAUAAGUUAUCGUGAUGAGGUUUGGAAGAAAAUUUCUAAAAAUGCCAUAAAUUUAAUACAAAACUUAACAGAUACUCAGCCUAAUAAAAGAUUAACACCAAAAAAAGCCUUAGAUCAUCCUUGGCUUUCUACUUUAUGCAAAGCAAAAAGAAGCUCUACAGCAAAAAAUAGCGACAGAGAGAUAGAAGAAGUAAACCAUAGGAGCCAAAGCUUAAUGGGUGAUUCUGAUAUUUUGCAAGCCAGGAAAACUAUUAUUUUAUCAACAAAUUUUGCACCUAUGAAAAAUCCAAGAAAAAUAAUAAAUGUAGUUAAAGCAAAUGUAAAUAUCUGUGAUAAUUAA